UUUAUUUGAGGUGGAUGUAUCCAGUUGAACGAUACAUGAAGAUUUUAAAAGGGUAUGUGAAGAAUUUACGCCGUCCAAACGUGCAAGCACGAAUGGUAGUUGUUCAACAAUGCCACAUAUACAAGAGGAUGAGGAGGAUAUCCCUGAAGAGUGUGAAUUAUAUGUUGAUAAGAAACAUCAUGUAGUGGCAUAUGCAAAUGUCUAUAAUUUGGGACCCACCAUACAUAAUCAAUUGUUGGAUAAUGAUAUGGCAAGGGUGGCGGUAACCAAAGUGAUAGAUUCCAAUGUUCAAGUCCCUAUGCCCACAGAUGAGGUGACAAAGGUUGGUGAGGCCCUCAACAAUUUCAUUCAAUGGCCGAAAAGACUAUUGCGUCUUAUUACUAAUAAGGAUGUUGAAGGCAAUAAAAUAGAUGCCUGCCCAUCUAAAAGGCUAGAACCUGAAAACACCGGCGCUGAAAAAUUGAUGUUAAAGAUAAUGUCGCGGAAAGAGGAUUUGAAGUUCAAGUUGGAAAGGGAUGAUUUUUUUUAUCUACCCAUCAAAGAUAUUAUGGAGUUGUGUAUGAAGACACAAGAUUUACGCAUCUCUAUUCUACGUAUAUGGGUAGUGUAUAUAAAACACCUUUGUACUCAGUUGGACAAGACUGACUUGUAUGGUUUCAUUGAUCCAAAUUUCAAUCAACCACAAAAUGACCGAGCUAGUUCUCAGUCUCACAUAACUGAAAAGCUGUUUGAGAAUGACAAAGAAUGUUUUUUUGUACCAUACCUCAACAAUCAUCAUUGGCAAUUACUCAUUAUUGAGCCAAAAAAACAAAAUGUAGUCUUCCUAUGUUCGAUGGGGUUGAAGCCAGAUAAAAACAUUGUUUUUAUUGUUGAUUCAGCCAUAGAUGGAUAUAAUAGGUUGAAAGGUUCGAGAAAACAGAGAAAGCCAACAUGGACCAUUAAUCUCAAAUGCCAAAGACAAUCUUUCCAUUAUGAGUGUGGCUAUUAUAUUAUGAUACAUAUGUUGAACAUUGUAUCAGCUGGAAUUGUUAAUACAUGGAAUCAGAUAUUUGGAGAUUCAACGCCAUUUCAUGAUGAUGACGUUACGAAUGUUCAAGAACGUUGUGCAAAUUUUAUUUUAGAAUUCAUUUGAAGUAACUUGGUCGGUGCCAUUUAUUUUUGUACUUCUUUUGUAAGCAUCAUAGUUUGUUUAGCUUUGCUUAGACUAGCUAGUAUUUUGAUACUACUUUAGAUAGGUUUUGGCAAGAGUUAUUUUGUUCAAUGAUACUGUUUGUGACAUAGUUUCACGAAUAUUUUAAAAUUGAUGGAAUUUAUUUAAAAAUUUGUUCCAUGGUACAAUUUGUAUUAUGGUUGUGUAUGAAGUUUUUGAUUAGUAUUUG